AUGCUGUUUGAUAACAAAAAUCGCGGCCCUCUAACAUCAUUGAACACACCUGAUAUUGCUUCCUUGUCAAUAUCAUCCAUGUCAGACUAUCAUGUGUUUGAUUUUCCCGGUAAGGAUCUGCAAAGGGAGGAAGUCAUAGAUUUGUUAGAUCAACAAGGUUUCAUUCCUGACGAUUUGAUUGAACAAGAAGUAGACUGGUUCUAUAAUUCAUUGGGUAUCGACGAUUUGUUCUUCUCGAGAGAAUCUCCCCAAUUAAUCUCAAAUAUCAUACAUUCUCUGUAUGCUUCCAAGCUGGAUUUUUUUGCCAAGUCGAAAUUCAAUGGUAUUCAACCAAGGUUAUUCAGUAUCAAAAACAAAAUUAUAACUAAUGAUAACCAUGCCAUCUUCAUGGAAUCUAAUACUGGUGUAAGUAUAAGUGAUUCCCAGCAGAAAAACUUCAAAUUUGCUAAUGACGCCGUCGGGAACGAUACAUUAGAACAUGGUAAAGAUACGAUCAAAAAUAAUAAGACUCAAAUGGGUGAUUCUUGCCCACCUUAUGAAUUAGAUUCGGAGAUCGAUGAUCUCUUCUUGGACAACAAGUCUCAAAAAAAUUGCAGAUUAGUAUCUUUUUGGGCUCCAGAGAGCGAAUUGAAGCUAACUUUUGUUUAUGAAAGUGUUUAUCCUAGCGAUGAUCCAGCUAGUGCGGAUAUUUCCUCUCAAGAUUUGCUAAAGGGCGACAUUGAGUCCAUUAGUGACAAGACCAUGUUUAAAGUUUCAUCGAACGAAAAUAAAAAAUUAUACGGUCUUUUACUUAAAUUGGUAAAGGAAAGAGAGGGUCCGGUUAUCAAGACUACUCGCUCCGUAGAGAAUAAGGAUGAGGUCAGAUUGUUAGUUGCUUACAAACGAUUCACCACAAAACGCUAUUACUCUGCUUUGAACUCGUUGUUCCACUAUUACAAAUUGAGACCUUCUAAAUUCUAUCUGGAAUCUUUUAAUGUCAAGGACGAUGAUAUUAUUAUCUUUUCCGUUUACUUGAACGAAAAUCAGCAAUUGGAAGAUGUCUUACUCCAUAAUGUUGAGGCUGCAUUGAGACAGAUUGAAAGAGAAGCUUCUUUAUUGUAUGCUAUUCCAAACAAUUCUUUCCAUGAAGUCUAUCAGAGACGUCAAUUUUCACCCAAAGAGGCCAUAUAUGCACAUAUCGGAGCUAUAUUUAUCAACCAUUUUGUUAAUCGUUUAGGUUCAGAUUAUCAGAAUCUUCUAUCUCAAAUCACUAUCAAACGUAAUGAUACUACUCUUUUAGAAAUCGUGGAAAACCUGAAAAGAAAACUGAGAAACGAAACCUUAACUCAACAAACUAUCAUCAACAUCAUGUCAAAGCAUUAUACUAUAAUCUCCAAGCUAUAUAAGAAUUUUGCACAAAUUCAUUACUAUCAUAGUAGUACCAAAGAUAUGGAAAAAACGCUGUCUUUCCAAAGAUUGGAAAAAGUGGAACCUUUUAAAAAUGACCAAGAGUUUGAAACGUACUUGAACAAAUUCAUUCCAAAUGAUUCUCCCGAUUUGUUGAUUCUCAAGACGCUAAACAUCUUCAAUAAGUCCAUUUUAAAAACAAACUUCUUCAUCACAAGGAAAGUUGCCAUAUCAUUCAGAUUGGAUCCUUCGUUGGUCAUGGCGAAAUUUGAAUACCCAGAGACCCCCUAUGGUAUAUUUUUUGUCGUUGGGAACACUUUCAAAGGUUUUCAUAUCCGAUUCAGAGAUAUUGCAAGGGGUGGUAUUCGUAUAGUUUGUUCUAGAAAUCAAGAUAUCUAUGAUUUGAAUUCUAAGAAUGUCAUCGAUGAGAAUUAUCAAUUGGCUUCUACUCAACAACGUAAAAAUAAGGAUAUUCCGGAGGGCGGUUCUAAAGGUGUCAUCUUAUUGAACCCAGGAUUAGUAGAACAUGAUCAAACAUUCGUUGCCUUUUCCCAAUAUGUUGACGCAAUGAUCGACAUUCUAAUUAAUGAUCCAUUAAAGGAGAACUAUGUCAAUCUUUUAUCAAAGGAAGAAAUAUUAUUCUUUGGCCCAGAUGAAGGAACUGCCGGCUUUGUUGAUUGGGCAACUAAUCAUGCCCGCGUGAGAAACUGUCCAUGGUGGAAAUCAUUCUUAACUGGUAAAUCUCCCUCUUUGGGUGGUAUUCCUCACGACGAAUAUGGUAUGACUUCUUUAGGUGUUCGUGCUUACGUUAACAAGAUUUACGAAACUUUGAAUCUUACCAAUUCUACUGUUUACAAAUUUCAAACGGGCGGCCCAGAUGGUGAUCUAGGGUCCAACGAAAUUCUUCUAUCCUCACCCAAUGAAUGUUACUUGGGGAUUUUGGACGGUUCUGGUGUCCUCUGCGAUCCUAAGGGUCUGGACAAAGACGAAUUAUGUCGCCUAGCUCAUGAAAGGAAAAUGAUAUCCGAUUUCGACACUUCGAGAUUAUCAAAUGAUGGUUUUUUUGUUUCUGUGGAUUCAAUGGAUAUUAUGCUGCCAAAUGGUACAAUCGUUGCUAAUGGCACAACCUUCAGAAACACUUUCCAUACUCAAGUUUUCAAAUUUGUGGACCACAUUGAUGUUUUUGUUCCAUGUGGUGGUAGACCAAACUCAAUCACACUAAAUAAUUUACAUUACUUUGUUGAUGAAAAGAGCGGAAAAUGUAAAAUUCCAUACAUUGUGGAAGGCGCCAAUUUGUUUAUUACCCAACCCGCUAAAAAUGCCUUAGAAGAACAUGGGUGCAUUCUGUUUAAGGACGCUUCUGCCAACAAAGGAGGUGUCACAUCAUCAUCAAUGGAAGUAUUGGCAUCUUUAGCACUAAACGAUAAUGAUUUUGUGCACAAAUUUAUUGGAGAUGCCAGUGGUGAGAGAUCUGCAUUAUACAAGUCAUAUGUUGUUGAAGUGCAAUCAAGAAUUCAAAGAAAUGCCGAAUUGGAAUUUUGCCAGCUGUGGAGCCUGAAUCAAUUGAAUGGAACUCACAUUUCUGAAAUUUCAAAUCAGUUGUCUUUUACUAUCAACAAAUUAAAUGAUGAUUUAGUUGCAUCACAAGAAUUAUGGUUAAAUGAUUUAAAAUUAAGAAACUAUCUACUGUUGGAUAAAAUAAUCCCAAAAAUUUUAAUCGAUGUUGCUGGACCUGAUUCUGUACUGGAAAAUAUUCCAGAAAGCUAUCUGAAAGUUUUACUAUCCAGUUACUUAUCAAGCACCUUUGUUUACCAAAACGGUAUUGACGUUAACAUCGGGAAGUUCUUGGAGUUUAUUGGUGGUUUAAAAAGAGAAGCAGAAGCAAUUUCUUAA